UACUGUGUAACACUUAUUACAUUUUUAUAAUUUUACAGUAUAUCAUAAUUGAAGAAAAAUGAUGGAAGAGAGUGGAAUAGAGACAACACCACCUGGAACUCCUCCACCAAAUUCUGCAGCAGGACUGGCUGCUGCUACUGCUGCUGCUUCUGCUGCUUCUGCCGCGAUGUGUUCCACCCCCAUUCCUUUGGCUGCAACCAGUUCAUUGUCUUCUCCAAAUGUAUCUUCUGUGCAGUCCCUGCCACCACACGCAUCCUCUACCCCUCAGCCAUCCCUUCCUCCUGUGAGGCCUUCAGCAUCAUUGCCUUUUGUGCCUCCUUCACCAGUUCCUUCUGCUCCACCACUUGUUACCGCUAUACCACCUCCUGUGUCUCCACCAACUGCUGCAGCCUUUAGUAAUCCUCCUUUAUCCCCCUUCCCAACUUCAACUUCUGCCCCAAGUACUCUUCCAUCUGCGCCCCCUUCGGGUCCUCCUACAUCAGGAUUUUCUGUCGGAUCAGCAUAUGACAUUACAAGGGGACAUGCAGGAAGAGCUCCCCAGACACCCCUGAUGCCGUCAUUUUCUGCACCUCCAGUAACGGGUAUUUUGCCAGCCCCCAUUACUCAGCAAGCCAGUUUGACACCUCUGGCCCCGGGAACUGAAACCACCUCAGCCAUUACUUUUCCAGAGGAACAAGAAGAUCCUAGAAUUGUUAGAGAUCAGGAUGAAGCAUCUGGGAGUGGACUCUGGGGUUUUAUCAAGGGUGUAGCUGGGAAUCCUAUGGUGAAAUCUGUGCUUGAUAAAACAAAACAUUCUGUAGAAAGCAUGAUUACAACGCUGGACCCUGGCAUGGCUCCAUAUAUCAAAUCUGGAGGUGAACUGGAUAUUGUAGUGACCUCAAAUAAAGAAGUAAAAGUUGCUGCUGUCCGAGAUGCCUUCCAGGAGGUCUUUGGCUUAGCUGUGGUUAUGGGGGAAGCUGUUCAGUCCAAUAUUGCCCCACAACCAGUGGGCUAUGCAGCUGGAUUAAAAGGUGCCCAGGAACGGAUAGAUACCUUGCGUCGAACUGGAGUGAUCCAUGAGAAACAGAUUGCUGUGUCAGUAGAAAACUUUAUUGCAGAAUUGCUUCCUGACAAAUGGUUUGAUAUUGGCUGUUUGAUAGUGGAAGAUCCUGUCCAUGGCAUUCACCUAGAAACAUUCACACAAGCAACAUCAGUGCCUUUGGAAUUCGUACAACAGGCUCAAAGUCUAACUCCCCAGGACUACAACCUGAGGUGGUCAGGCCUUUUGGUGACAGUGGGCGAAGUCCUGGAAAAGAGUUUACCAAAUGUCAGCCGGACUGAUUGGCACCUGGCUUUCACUGGCAUGUCACGUCGACAGAUGAUCUACAGUGCAGCCAAAGCAAUAGCGGGCAUGUAUAAACAGCGCCUGCCCCCCAGGACCGUGUGAGAGACCUACCUAGAUCCUGAGACAUCCCCACCUUGAGCUUGGUGGUGAAGAAGACAUUUACUUUCUGAACUUGGAUAGCGUCAGUGAUCCAGCAGUUUUGGUAAUUUUCCUGUAGGCUGCAGUUUUCUUUCCCUUUAAAAAGCCAUGGUGUCAUGUCAGCAAAUGAAAGGAAACAGAUCGUUUUUUUGAUCAUUUAAUUACCUGUACUAUAGUUCUCAAAUAUAUAACUAUUUUUAUAGGACAAUUUGAUACCAGAUUUAGAGUACAAAUUCAUGUGUUAAGAAAUGUAACUUGAUAUGUACUUGAUUAUUUUGUUUUUCAUAACAUAAUGACAUACUCGUUGAAUAUUCUUGAAAAGCA